AUGGUUGCCGACUUGGGAGAUGCCAUACAUGCCAAGCGAAAGCGACUGUUGCAAAACUGUGAUGCAGAAGACCUUUGUAUCUAUGGAAAAGGCACGACUAUGGGAAAUUAUAGAAGCAAGGAACCACUUAUGAUUAUUGUUCCACUCAAUGACAAGGAAAUCCAAGGAACAUCCAUUACGGAUCCACUGCUUGUGGUUGUCCCAGUAUUGAAACAGCAACGUGCUCGUUUGAGCACUAUUGAAAACAAUGGUGGACUGCCUCCAAUGACGCCAAGAGCGAGCACCACAAGAGCAUUCGUUCCACCGUCCAUGGGAAAAGACAAAGCAGACAUUCAUGUGGUUUCAGGUCCGCCAUCUACCUCUGAAGGCAAAGAAGAAGGUUUAGCCUAUGCAUCGCUGGACGAUAAUACUCACAUGCAAUGCACCAGCCAUCCUCUGUGUGUAGAACUUCUUGAAGUAUUGGAGGAAGCAAUUGCCAAGGAAAAGAACAGGAAUAUGGAUGCCAAGUUCCGGCAUGCUGCCAGCUACGUACAUCAAGUGCGGAAAUGGAGUGGGCAAGAUGACAAUUUGCCGAAAGGUGUCGCUAAGAAUGAAAGGAUUUACACGGGGGUGAUGGCCACAGCGAUAUACUUGGUGUAUAUCAAAGACGUCACUGACAAGUCAUGGCCGACCACACUUCUUGUGGGUGAGGGGAAGAACGGUGCCAUUGAACUGCGAGCGGAUACUAGGGGGCAGCUUGUCAACCAGCUUCUUUGCCAUUGUGCAAUCGAUACAGAACACCUUGAAAAAGAUAUCAACGGACCGGUUCUUCUUCUUGCAUUCAAUUUGGAAACAGUUGAGAUAGAUUUGGCUUUCCCAACUACUUUUGGCGGGAAACUAGCUCAAGACAAGGUCGUUUCAUUACAGGACAAGAACACCGACCAGAAGAAAGAGGCAUUCUGGACUGUGCAAAUAGUACGAAUGAACAUUGCUCCCAUACAAAAUUUGUCCAUUAUGCUUUGCUUCAUUGCAAGAGGCUUGAAAAAGGUGGAUGCUCAGCAAUACAAAACAGCCCGUGUGCAAAUGAAGAUGCCAACUGCUAAGAGCGAUUCAUGGAGCUUCGGUAAUGAUAUGGGUGAUGUUUGUUAUUAUGGCAAAAAUGUCACAAUUCAACAACCCAAGUUCGUUUUCAAGGAAUAUUGCUACCAUCUGCGACAAAAGGAUGUUUUCAUGUUGCCGCUCACAAUUAUUGCCAACAAAGACAAGAGACGGCCACCAUCACAAACGCUCUUGAAUUGUUUGGGAGAACCAUAA